AUGGCGGCUGAACUCGCCGAGCUUUUGGACACGGACAAGUUGUAUCUAACACAAAUACGAUAUCUGGAGGAGCAGCUGGAGAAGUGCCAGAACAAAUGCGAGGAGCUGGAGAACCAGGUGCAGGACCUGCUAUACGAGCAGCGGGUGCUGCGCAAGGACAAGGCAGAUGUCACGCGCUACCUGAAACGCUCGCUGGAUGCCAAGGACAAGAAGGUGGAGAUGCUGAUGGAGCAGGUGGAAAGCCAGCAGGAGGCAGCGGAGCGCCAAAAGGAGAUCAUGGAGCAGCUAGAGGCCACGGUAGAGCAGCUGGAGGCACGCAUACAGGAGCUAAAUGCGGAGAUCAGCACGCAAGCGGGGAAGCUGGAGGCUCAAUCCGAGCAGCUGGUGGCUUUGGAGGAGAAGCUGGUAAAGCAGAAGCAGGACCAGGAGGCUGCCGUCCGCCGCCUGAAGGAGGAUGCAGAGCGAGACAAGACCAACAUGAUCGCUGAGACCAUGAGGAACAUGGAGGUGGUGUUUGAGGACAAGAUGGCCAAGAUGCUGCAGCAGGAGCGUGAGCAGAACAGCGAGAAGAUGCAUCAGUUGCAAAGCAUGCUGGGAGAAAACAUGACGCUGUGGCAGGAGAAGGACGUGAUGCAGAAGAGGGAGCUGGAACUCUACUGUGAGGUCAGCCGUCUCCAGGAGGAGCUUGUCAAGAAACCCAGACGCAAGCUCAGCCGCAGGAAGUGACCACUCAUCUCACACGUUCUCCUUCUGAAUCUAAACUGAACUGCCAACCUGCUGCAACAACAACAAAGACCACAUGACCAGCAAGUGUAAUGAUGUGUCUUGUCCACCGUGACCUCCAGUGAGACAAAGUUGGGGAAGCACUGCACACGUGUUUUCUCGCUGCCUUCAGACUCCUCGGUGGGGCUGUCCCCCAACAAGCUGCAAAACUGUCAUGAAUCAACUUCAUAAACUGUCAUGAAAAUGACAUAAACUAUCAUAAAACACCAGAAACUGUCAAAGUACAUAAACUCUUACAAACGAUGUGAACUAUCAUACAGACUACAUAAACUGCCAUACACACGACAUAAGCCAUCAUGCAAACUACGAAAACUCGUUCAAACCACAAACCAUUAUACAAAUCACAUUAACUCAUACAAACUACUAGACCAACUCCAUAAACGACAAAUUGACAUGCAAACCAGUCGGACACCGUGCCAAACUGCACUAAUGACACAAACUAUACUAGCUCGAGAAAUGUAUGAACUAUCAUGCAAACUACAUCAACUAACAUAAAAUGACAAACUAAUACAGUCAUACAAACUAAACCAUACAAACUACAUUCUAUACACCGUCAAACAAACCACAACUACAAAUUACAUGAACGACCAUACCAACUACAUAAACCAUCCAAACUACACACUGUAUAAAGGUACUGUCACACAAACCACAAAAUAUGAAAACAUACAAAUGACAAACUACCAUACAAACUACAUAGGCCAUCAUACAAAUGGGACACUAUAAUACAGUUAUUAAAUUCACUGCCAUUGACGGCUUUAGAAGUCAAAUAUCCAUGUUAACUGGGAAGGCUGGCAGUUACUAUAAACUAUAAUAUCUACCAACUACCAUACCCUCUACUAUAUAUGACGCUACAUGAGACACUACUGAACACUAUAACAUUACGUGACACCACAACACUACUUAAAAUGAAACACUAACAUGUUCCAUAACACAAGUUGA